AUGCUGAGGGCUGCUCCUGCUCCUGGGCUUUUAGUUGCAUUAUUAUUGCUUACUGGGUUGAGCUGUGGAUCAAACCACUAUGAAAAAAAGAGGCAGAAACGAACCAUUUAUGACACGCAGCCUCGUUUGUCCUCAGAGCAGGGUAAUUUAGUGUUCCAUGCUGGCUCCAGCAAAAAUAUUGAAUUUAGAACUGGACCGCUGGGGAAAAUAAAAAUUAAUGAAGAAGACCUUGCAGAACUUUUUUGUCAGGUGAAAGAAAGCAAUGCAGAGAUUCAAGAACUUAAGAAAAUCAAUGGUGCCUCUCAGAACGUGUCCCAGCAGGUUGCUCUGCUGACCUCCAAGAUCGUGAGUCUUGAAAACAAACUGCGAAGCUUAGAGCAGGCUGUCCAGAGGAAAGCCUGCAGUAGUAACCCCUGUGAGAACUCAGGGACCUGUGUAAACUCCCUGGAUGGUUUCUUUUGCCUCUGUCCCACUAACUGGCAGGGCCUCCUGUGUUCAGUGGAUGUUAAUGAAUGCCAGAUUUAUGCUGGAACAGUGUUAGGCUGUCAGAAUGGAGCCACUUGUGUGAACACACCGGGCAGCUACAGCUGCUCCUGUACUCCAGAAACCUAUGGACCUCACUGUGCCUCAAAGUUUGAUGACUGCCAGGCAGGAUCUGAGAUGCUCUGUGGGCAUGGCAUCUGCAUAGAUGCAGAUAGGGAUCAGCCCAACAAGCCCAAGUACCGCUGUAUCUGUGACACUGGCUGGAUGUCCCCUCCUGGCAACCCUGCCUGCAGUGCUGAUAUAGAUGAAUGCAGCCUCCCUAAUCGUCCAUGUUCACAGAAUCCACUUGUGCAGUGCCACAACACACCAGGCUCCUACUCAUGUGGUCCCUGCCCAACAGGCUGGCAAGGAAAUGGCUACAGUUGCCAAGACAUUGAUGAAUGUGAAAUUAAUAAUGGAGGCUGCUCAAUGGCACCGAUGGUUAAAUGUAUCAACACAAUGGGAUCCUUCCACUGUGGGCUCUGUCCACCAGGUUAUGAAGGAGAUGGACAAACAUGUACCCAGGUUGAUAUCUGCUCAAUAAAUAAUGGAGGGUGUCAUCCUUUGGCUACUUGUACCUCAGCUCCAGGGCCAAUGCCAUUUUGUUCCUGCACAUCUGGGUACACUGGAAGUGGAUAUGGGCCGAACGGGUGCUCUCCUCUCAGUGAUAUCUGUCAGCUGCAAAACCCUUGUGCAAAUGGGCAGUGCUUGGCAAUGAUCUCUGGAUAUUUCUGCCUGUGUAAUGCAGGCUGGACAGGCCCUAAUUGUACGGAGAACGUUGAUGAAUGCAUUAGCAACCCGUGCCAGAACGGGGGAAGCUGCACCGAUGGGGUCAACGGGUACUCCUGCGAGUGCACCAGCGCUUGGACAGGACCACAGUGCCAGACAGCCCAGCAAGUUUGUGGAGGAUAUCUCUCAGGCUCCAGGGGGACUUUCAGCUACCCUAACAACCCAAACAGCCAGCAGUACAGUAAUGGGGUCAGCUGCGCUUGGGUUAUUCGAGUUAAUCCCAACAAGAUUCUACGUAUUAUUUUCCCAUUCUUCCAACUGGAGGCAAGUAAUGACUGUAACUCUGACUUCCUUCAAAUUCAUGAUGGGCCUUCAGCGUCAAUGCACAUGCUGGGCAAAUACUGUGGCUCCUCACCUCCUGCAGAACUUUUCAGUUCCCACAACUCCCUGUAUUUUUGGUUCUACUCAAACCACACCAUUACAGCUGGAGGUUUUACUGUUCAGUGGGAAUCUCAGGAUCCUGAAUGUGGUGGUGAGCUGACGGGUACUUACGGCUCCCAACACAUAAACUCCCCAGGAUACCCUGGGAACUACCCUGUAAACAGAGACUGUUUCUGGACCAUCUCAACCAGUCCUGGCCUCCUCAUCACAUUUGCUUUUGGCACACUAAGCCUAGGACACCAUGAAAACUGCAGUUAUGACAAUUUAGAGAUUCGAGAUGGUCUUCUUCCACAAGACCCUGUCCUUGGUAAAUACUGUCGCACUGGAUCUCCACCCCCACUCCAAACCACUGGUCCAUAUGCAUGGAUUCAUUUUCACUCUGAUGACUUAGUUACUGAUAAAGGCUUCCACAUUCUCUAUACAACAUCUCCUGCAGACCCAAGUUGUGGAGGAAAUUACGUGGAUAGUGAAGGGGUUAUCACAUCCCCUUUCUGGCCUAACCCUUAUAUCAACAACCGACAAUGUAUCUACAUUAUUCGGCAGCCAGAGGAUGAAAAAAUAUACCUCAACUUCACCCAUAUGGAGCUGGAGAGUCACACUGAUUGUUCAUCAAAUUAUAUUGAGGUUCGAGAUGGUGACAGCGAGAUGUCUUCUCUUAUUAGCAAAUUCUGUCAUAGUACACUCAUGUCUCCAAUUACUUCUAGUGGCAACAGUCUCUGGAUCAAGUUCAAGUCUGAUGCUUCUGUGCAAAGGGCUAGCUUCAGGGCCAUUUAUCAAGUUGCCUGUGGAGGCUCCUUGUCUGGAGCAGGAACUCUCCAUUCACCUUACUACCCCAGGAUGUCCCCUCACCCAAAGACCUGUGAGUGGAUCAUCUCCCAGCCGGCUAGCAAAGUGGUGAUUCUUAACUUUAUCGAUUUUGACAUUCGAAAUGCAACCACCUGUGACUCGGACUACAUUGAGGUCAGAGAUGGCAACAACACAGACUCUCCUCUUUUGAAUAAAUACUGUGGUACUGCUGUACCAUCUAGAGUGCAAUCUACAUGGAACAAUCUCUAUAUCAAAUUCAGAUCUUCCUCUCUUACCAACCUUGGCUUCAGAGCCGAGUACUGGCCAUUAGAUACAGUAUGUGGAGAGACUCUCACUUCACCAGAAGGAACCAUUACAAGUCCUGGUCAUCCAGAGGUCUACCCACAUGGUAUUAACUGUACCUGGAUUAUCAACAUUCAACCCGGCUACCUUAUCCGCCUGAUAUUCACUUCAUUUAACUUGGCAUUUGAUUAUACUUGCAGAAAGGAUUAUCUUGAAAUAUAUGACAACAGCACUGCGCAGAAAUUGGGAAGGUACUGUGGAAGAUCAGUUCCACCAUCUCUCACUAGUGGUGGCAACAUGAUGAUGUUGUACUUCGUGACUGAUCACAGCAUUGCGUCUGAGGGCUUCUCAGCUAAUUAUAUCUCCCUGGAUGCAUCAAAAGUGUGCUCACAAAACUACAGUACUGAAACUGGUGUGCUAACAUCUCCAAACUAUCCCAAUAACUACCCUGUCCGGAGAGAGUGCAUAUACACCAUCACAGUGGGAAUAAACAGACAGAUUGUGCUGCGCUUCACCAACUUCACCUUGGAAGGGAAUAAACGUUGUACAGAGGAUUAUGUAGAAAUCAGAGAUGGAGGCUAUGAAUCUUCUCCUCCUCUUGGAAAAUACUGUGGUACAGACCUGCCUCCUGUUAUAAUCUCUCAUGGUAACAAGCUGUGGAUAAAGUUUGUAAGUGACAUAUUUGGCACAGAAAAGGGAUUUUCAGCAGAGUGGGAUGGUACAUCAGCAGGUUGUGGUGGGACUUUGACAACAGCUUCUGGUAUCUUCAUGUCUCCCAACUACCCUAUGCCAUAUUACCACAAUUCAGAGUGCUAUUGGUUGCUCAGAGGAAGUCGAGGAACUCCAUUUGAAAUCCAGUUUGAACAGUUCUAUCUAGAGUAUCACCCAAGGUGCACCUUGGAUUACCUUGCGGUGUAUGAUGGCAACAGCAGUAAUGCUAAACAGCUAGGUAAAUUUUGUGGGAAUCGGAUACCACAACUCAUCCAUUCCAGUGGAGACAGCAUGUAUGUAAAACUAAGGACAGAUAGCAGCAUGCAAGGUGGAGGAUUUUUAGCCAAAUACAAACAGGUUUGCCAGGAAGUACUGACUGUCAACCGUAGCCACGGCAUAUUGGAAAGUUUAAAUUAUCCAAAUAAUUACCCAUUAAAUGAGCACUGUGACUGGACCAUCCAAGCUACAAAGGGGAACACACUCAACUAUAGCUUCACAGCCUUUGAUGUAGAAGAUGGAUCUGACUGUGACCGUGACUUCUUGAAGCUCUAUGAUGGGCCUGACGUACAAUCCAACCUGAUAGGCACUUUCUGUGGACAGUCUCUUCCACUGGCAGGGAGCACUACAGGGACAAGCCUUCAUGUGGUGUUUUAUUCUGAUGGACUGAACACUAGAAGUGGGUUCCAGAUGAUGUGGCAUGUUAAUGGUUGUGGAGGAGAACUCUUUGGCCCUUCUGGUUCAUUUCACAGCCCUGGCUACCCCAAUAGAUACCCCAGCAAUAAGGAAUGCAUCUGGUACGUUCACACAGCACCUGGUAGCAGCAUUCAACUCACCAUUCAGGAAUUCGACAUUGAAUAUCACCCAAACUGCGACUACGAUGUUUUGGAG